UGUUUUCUUUCUUGCUCCUGUGCAGGUGUUACAAGCUCUUAUAAGUCACUUAAAAGUAUCACUUACUUAAAGGUAGUUUAACUUUGAAUUGAGCUUUGUUGUACAAUUUGGUUCUUAAGAACUGACACUGCUAAAGUGAUUCUUGAAGAACUAAUUUCUUUUCUCCGUUCGAUUUCUUUAAUAAUUUAAGCGCCUUGUAGUAAUCGAUCUUAAUAAAAUUCGUUUUCGGAUCAUCGGCACACAAGCCAGUUAAUGAUUAUACCCAGUAAUCGGUAUGAACUUUAUAGUCUUUUAUUAUUUGUUUUGGCUCCAAACUUCAGGUGGCAGGUUAUAGCCAUUUGCAACAUGCCAUGGCGAUUAACUAUAUUUAAACAUGAAACGUCUCACCGCGUACCCGCAGCUAAUUGUCCUGGCUAAAUCACAGUUGAUUUAAUUUAAAAAUUCCUCGAGCACAGUCUGUUCAAGAGAUUGCGAUAAGCUACACUUAAGAUGGCGUGACGGAUUUUCAACUGCUUAUGACUCAUUUAAGAUAUUUUAAAUUCAUUGCGUCUCUUUCGUGGUAGAAAUGUUAACAGGAAAUUUAUGAAACUGUGUCGCGAUUCUACAAAGUGCCAAAGGCAUUUUUUAGAACUAAUUUCACGCAUCAAAAACAUUCCUUUGCUAUGCCCAAGGUCGCAUACGCUAUCGCUGUACGGCAUUGUUAGCAGAUCUAGCAGGAAUCGACACUUCGGAUAAUUUUACCCCCUAAUCCAUAUUUGGCUUUCUGAAGUUAUUUUUGUGUAUCCUAAUCUUAGCACAACCUCUUUGUACUUUUGCGGUGUUGUUUUGGUUUUCUUUCUUAAUCUCAAAUCAGAACUUAUCUGAAGUUUUUUUUGCAUCACUGCCUUUCCUUCCUGAAUUUUUCAAAUCCUUUGGCUUUCUGGGGAAAUGUUAAGCGUUUUAGAAGUCGUUAAGCCCCCAACCCGUUAUAUUUUUUUUACCACGUUCGUCUGAAAACUUUCCGCAUUUUAAGCCUACAGAUUAGAGCCGUAUUAAAAACAGUUUUUCUUUCUCCUUGUUUCUUCGUUUUUGGCAUUUUUUGAAUUGCACCUUAAUGCCAACAUGUUUUCUUUGAAUCCAGUUUUUGACUGACUUCUAAUAAAAAGAAACAAUUAUAAUGGUCUUAUUGUUGUUACACUUUGACAUUGAAGACGGUAUCAAAUGGCACUUGUUAAUUGAAAGGCGGGCAAAUUUUUGUCGAAGUUUCGCGAACAUAAUCCCCGUAUAUUACGUCUGUUUCUGGUUAAAAUUCUCAGUUGAAGUUUGCUCGCUCGAAUCUCAUUCGCAAAAUCUUGCCGACUUCACCAAGAGAACACUGCAGCUUUUUUCUUCAUUUAAACCAUCAUAACGUCUCCCAUACUGAUACAUUUUAGCCACUCGUGGAGACUGGAGCAGAAGACUGUAGGCGGUGUUUUUGCAGUCUAAUUGCGGAUCUUUCGCCGUUCCGACUGCUAAAUUGUUCAACUUGCUCUAGCAAUGAACUAUCAGCGGCUGUUGACGAGAAGGCUUUCUUCCACUCGCAGAGACAUCAAAAGCAAAAUCACAGAUGGUAUGCCACUAGGCCCCCCCGUCUUCAUUCAACACCUGACGAAUUGCGAGAUCAUAGAAAACAGCGCCGCCAGAUUCGAGUGCAAGGUCAGCGGUAACCCAGAACCGGAAGUAGAAUGGUACAAAGAUGGCCGCCUACUCAAAGAAAGUAAACAACUCACAUUCCUCUACGAUGACAACGACAACUGCAAACUUAUCAUCACCAAGGGAACCGCAGCCGACGCUGGCGAAUACACUGUGGUGGCCGAGAAUCCGCACGGCAAAGUAUCGAGUAGCGCACGACUGGUUAUCGACACGGGCUCAACAGACGACGAAACCGCGAGCGAGUCCGAACUCUCUGAGCUUUCUGGUUCGGAAACGGAAGAAACGAAGAUGACCGCGAAGGAAGAAAAGAUCACGAAGUAUUACACAGUUCAGGACGAGGUCGGCAAAGGACGGUUCGGUGUUGUCUGCAAGUGUAUUGAUAAUAAGACCGGGCGAGCCUACGCGGCUAAGUUCAUCAAGUGCACCACGCCCAAGGACCGUCAAGAUGUGGUACACGAAGCGGAGAUCAUGAAUACUGUUCGGCAUAAGCGGCUUCUUAGACUUCAAGACUUCUUUCAGACGCCCACUGAGAUGAUCCUGGUUAUGGAACUGGUGACUGGAGGAGAGCUGUUCGAGAAGGUUGUGGAGGACGAAUUCAUCUCGGAGAUAGAAGUGUCGUAUUACAUGAAGCAGAUCUUAGAAGGACUUCAGCACAUGCACCAACGCGAUGUGCUUCAUCUUGAUCUCAAACCCGAGAAUAUCAUGCUUAUUCGACCUGACAGCAAACAAAUCAAGCUUAUCGACUUCGGCCUGGCGAGAAAAUACAACCCGAGGGAAAACCUCAAGGUCAUGUUCGGAACACCGGAAUUUGUCGCCCCGGAGGUCAUUACAUACGAACGUAUCACACCUGCCACGGACUUGUGGUCUAUCGGUGUCAUAGCGUAUAUUUUGAUGAGUGGUUUGUCGCCAUUUAUGGGGGACACUGACGCAGAGACUCUGACGAAUGUUCAGCUGGCAGAAUGGGACUUCGACGAUCCUGUCUUCGAUGAUGUCUCCGAGGAAGCUAAGGACUUCAUCAGUAGCCUUCUUGUACUCAGAGCAAACAAGAGAGGCACGGUUGAUCAGCUUUUGAAACAUCAUUGGUUCACAGUUAAGAAGGACAAGGGAAAGAAACUGAAGACCGAUCGCUUGAAGGCGUUCACAGCCAGAAGAAAAUGGAAGCGAGCGAUCACCGCCAUUCGAAGCACGAACUUUCUUAGCCGGAUUCUCGGAAGCCGGGGGUCCGAUGAUAAGAAGGGUAGUGGCGGCGCAGGUGGUGGACUCUUAGCCCGAGUCAAAGCAAUGCAUGCGGCUGGUAUGCAAGGCUCGGAGGGUGGUGUCUCCCCGGCAUCGUCGCCUUUCCUCUCGCCCGCUUCGGCUGCGCUCAGCACAAGUAAUAGCUUUACUACAAUUACAGUGACAGAAAGGAUGCAAUCACAGGGACAAGAAGGGACCACUGUUACGAAAAAAGAGACUGUGACCGUGACAAAAGACGGCGAAACAACCGUGGAGGAAAGAAAAAGUACAACAACAAGAAACGGCGAGACAACACAGCAACAGAGUACAAUAAAAGUCGAAGAAGACGAAAAUGGUAAGACAGGAGGUCUUGGAGGAGCAGCAAACACUCCACAAGCCAUCGCCAAGCGUUAUGCCUCAGGCGGAGUGGCGCUCAAGUUGGAAAAUGUCGACAAAUACUGGGGUAUCAAGCACGAAUUAGCAAGGGGCCGUUUCUCAGUAAUUAAGCGCUGUUUAGAUGCCAAGACAAAGAAGCCAUUUGUAGCUAAGAUCAUCAAAUAUGAUGAUGACACGGAUCGCGAUGACACGCUUCAAGAGUUUGACAUUCAUCGCAGCAUUAAAGGAGAAAAAGUUGUCAUGUUACGAGAUGCGUUUCUUUUGAGGAGAUAUCUCGUCCUUAUUAUGGACCUGGUCGAAGGGCAAGAUAUUCUGAGCUUUGUUGGAUCCAAACCAAGACCAAACGAAGAAGACAUCGCAUUUGUUAUGCGGCCCUUGAUUGAAGUAGUGAAUUACCUUCAUGGACAGCAAAUUGUUCAUUUAGAUAUAAGGCCCAGCAACAUUUUCAUUGCCAAGAGCAAUUUGGGUGUGAAACUUAUCGAUUUUGGAAGUGCUCGCCGCAUCAAGAAUUGGAAGGAAGGCGACAUGCUGGCCAUUGUAAGCUAUCCUGCGUUCACAGCUCCUGAACUUUUGGACUUCGCUCCAGUCAGUGGGGCGGCCGACAUGUGGAGUAUUGGUGUUCUCGUCUAUGCUCUCAUGAGUGGAUCUCUUCCAUUUGCGGUGGAAACCAAAGACGAUGAAGAUGAAGACGAGAAAAUUUGCGAGUGCGUCCAGAGGGGCAAAUGGUCUUUUGACUCCAAAGCCUUCGCUCGCAGCACUUCGGAAGUGAAAGACUUCAUCACUGCUCUUAUGAGCAAGGACGCCAAAAAACGUCCAUCUGCCGAAGAAGCAUCGAAACACCCUUGGCUUGCGGGUGACAACAUGCAGAAACGUCGUUCAUCAGACGUCACAGCUUCUAAACUCAAAGAUCUUGCUCAAAAACUUAUGCAGAAGGACAAGGAAGACGUUGUUUCAGCUUCCUGUGUCCUAAGGACCUUCACUGAAGAUCCUUACGACUCCCCGGACUCAGACGAGGAGUAGAUCUGCGUACAUAACAGAUAACGGGCCAAAAAGGCACAUUCCUGUGCUGGCACCAAUAUUUUGCUAAAUUUUUGUCUUAUGACUCAAUGUAAACUUAUGUAGCUUAUUCUAAACAUUUUGAUAAAGCGAAUUUUAAUCGAGUUUUUCAAUAUGCGUAAUUAUUCGGUAUUUUUGUAUCGAUGUUUUUCGACCGCAAAACAGUAUUUAUUUUUUUGUAGGAAAGAUUUUUGUGAUACUGUUUGUAAAGUGUGUUAAUAUCGUCAUGGAGUCGAGCCAAGUUUUAUAUUUGUAUGCUGCUGAAAGUCCAUCGUAAAUGUUUGUUGUGAUUAUUUUUCUAAUUCUUUCAAUGUAAGUUUAUUGAAUAACAAUAGUGAUGAUAAAACUUAGGAGAAGGAUAGCAACUA